AUGACAAAUUGCAAUUCAUCACCAAAACCUUAUGACAUAAAAGUUCCAAGACCACCUAACGCGUUCAUUAUAUACCAUAGGAACAAAUCCAAGGAAUUGGCGAAAUCUAAAUCCAUUGGAAAAUGUGAAUCAUACGAGCGCCAUCCAUCAAAAACCGUGGCGGAGAUGUGGAAAGAAGAACCCGAAGCAAUCAAAUUAAGAUAUCAAAGAGAGGCGGAUUUGGCCCUUGUAGAACAUAAAAAGAAAUAUCCCUUUUAUAAAUACAAACCAAAAAAAAGAGAGAGUAAAAAUAAAACGAAGUCACAAAGUAAUUCCAAAGAGGUGAUAAAGGAUUUAAAUAAUGAUCAUAAACGUAACGAAACUGUGAUAAAGGGGGAUUCCGAAGUGCCUAUGCAACAUCGGAAACAAGCUGCAAUGGAAUCAGCUUUUACAGCGUUCGAUAUGCAAAGUUGUUCAUCCUCUUCGCAUGAAGAAGAAAAUUCCGCCGACAACAUUUCUGUUAGUAAUCACUCACCACCGCACACCCCUACUUCGCCAAAUUCUGUCAACAUGCCACAUUCACGAGCUCCGGCUUCACUUUGGAUUGAACCCAUCACCAAUAAACAAUUUUUUAAUGAACAUUUAAAUUUCUCUCCUUCACAACAAACGAAUCAUCGAUGUCAAUGCACGGCUCAUUGUGUAAAUAAUAAUGAUGUUAUGACGUCUCUGGGAAUAUUAUCUCCUGAGCAAGCAGCGUUUUCUAUAAUAUUCAACAACGUUUAUAAGCAGACCGUAGAUCAAUUUGUCAAUACUUAUGGGUUUAUUUCACAACAUCCCAAUUCGGCAACGAUCGCCGAUGAUCUUGUAACUUCCCCCUACCCCACCACCACUUGCGACAUGAACGAGACCACCUACUUUCCGCCUCAAAAUUGGACAUACACGGCUAAUUACGUUGUGCCUUCUCAAUCUCCGACAUCUUCAUCAUCAUCAAAUGUUGUUCCUUCACCAACUUCGACAGGUUAUAUGCCUUGGAUUACAUAUGGUCAAUCAAUGAAUUCACAAUUUAUUGAUCCCAUACAAAAUAUUCCAAAUAUUGUGCCAAAUGAAACCAAUUGUAAUUUAUUUACGGAUACAAAUAAUGAAGAUUGCGCUUUAUUUGAUAAUUUUGAUGCCAAUCUUAAUUUUUCUCUAUAA